UUACAUGUAUGUAGCUUGCUUGCUACACAUCAUUAUUAGUAGUAAAACAAUAUUCUUUUUAAUAAGGAUAUUUUUUUAUAUGGGAUUCAUGUUCAACAAUAAUCACGAUGUGUAAUGUGUAAUACAACUGUACAAUAUUAGGAUACGAGUUGUACUACUGAUAUAAAUGUACCCCGUGGCAUAUUUUCACCGCGUAAAUGUGAAAGAAUUUCCAAUUUCUAACCUACAUAACCGGCUCUCAGUGUACACAAUCCGUUAUAAAAUUAACCAUUCGAUACGAUGAAUAAGAUAGACGAAAGAAUUAUAGAAUGGAUCGAAUUAAUACAAAUGGAAAAAUUAAACAUUGUAACAGAAGAUAUUCAGGUAAAUAAAGUCAAAAAUAAGAAUCCAACGAUCAACAAACAAAUUUUCAAGUUAUUGUUAUAUUUAUGUCGUACUGCAGACAAGUGUGACAAACAGAAGCAUACAGUAGGGAGAGAGAUUUAUGAAUUGACUUGUACACUGUGCUCAAUUCUGAAUGAUAUACCUGAUGCUAAUAAGUUUGUCUGCAGCCUGUUUCAUAUAAUUCGUUGUUUAUUAGCAAUGGAUCUGUUUGAUGAAGCAUAUGAAGUGUGUCUUCACUUAAAAUCAGUAACAUUCUCCUCUGAUGAAAAUGUUAAUAAGGUAUUAGUGAAGAUUGUUUAUUUAUGGUACGAUGCAAUUAAUAUUGAAUCCUCCAUUCUGAAAAACAACCCAUCAGAUGACUCGCAUUAUUUACGAAUGAAGAAUAUCAUAAAAUAUGGAUUGGAGAUAAUAAAGAUUGUACACAACAAUCCUACACAGCAUUUGCUUAAAAACAUCGCUUUGUAUCUAAAUAAAGUUGCAUCUAUCUGUAGAGAACAGAACACAUAUUUUUCUGAUUUUUCUGCAUACAUCGCGGAAUAUUUGGAUCGAACAAAAAUUGUCUUAAGCGAUGAUACAAAGUAUACCAUAAUUCGUGAUAUGUGUCGUAUAAUUGGUACAAUUCUCUAUGAGAGUAUCGAUAGAAAAUGUUUUAUGUUACAAACGAAAACGUCGAAUGCGUUAAGUUAUUAUUUUAAAGAGAUUUUAUCAGAUGAUGAGGAGUGCUACCAGUGUUUCAUGCUGUUCGAAUCCAUGUGCCUUAAUCUCUUUUCACUCAAGUUUCACGACGUUGACGAGAUACAAAAGCUGAUUGAUGGCUAUGUAAAGUUGGCAAAAAUGUACGGUUACUCGGGCUGUGUCAAGUCGAUCACGUACAACAUUGUAGAAAUCUCAGAGUCGUUAUUCACGUAUUGGGAAACCCGUAUAAGAACAAAGAGAGCAAUGUGUGUAAAUAGUUUUCUAUUGGAAAUAAUGAAACUAGUCAAGCAUGUGAGCGCGUGUCUUAUUAAACAGACAUCGAACAUAUGCGAGUUUUGUCGAGACGAUGAAUGUCUGGUCAGGAACGAUAUGUAUAACGCAGUAAUAUUAAAGACCAAAUGUGCCAACUUGAUUAAUACGCGUUCUAUUGGGGAUAUAUCAGAAGAUGUUUACAUGCUCGCCAGAAAAUUCUUGACGCAGUGUAUAGCAUUUAUUAAUGAGAUGAGAAACUGUAAAUGUAAACGUUGGAUGCAUUUGUGGACCAUGACCGGUGCCUUGAUUUACAACCUGGGUAUAAUGUCCCAGUCUUUUUACAAACAAAGCGUAUCUUUGUUUUCUUUGCUGUUGACCUCGAUUAUACAGUUCGAGGGGGUCGUGUCAAAGUCGCGAUAUAUAAGUCUUCAGAAACCCAUUUAUAACAUCUUACUUAGAAUAAGCUCUCUUCAUUACGAUCAUCACAUGUACAGAGAAGCAAUGACCGGCGCUGCGUUAAGUGGUCUGUUGAGCUAUGACGAUACAAAUUUGAGUGCUUUUCACAUGUGGGCAAACAUUAAGAACAAAUGUCAAACCAACAAGGCGAUAAUGGAGAUGACCAUGCUGGCCUGCUUGAAGCAGGAUAAAUCAAAGAUAAAUGAAUUGGGGAUGUCGGUCGAAUUAUCGAAAUACAAUCUCGUUGAAUUGUGUUUGAAAGAAGCGAAAGGUUUGCAAGAAGCAAAAGUCAAUCUCUCGGUUGCCAUUCAUCGAGUCCUGAAUGAAAUGAAAGCGUUGAAAGCGACUGCCGUUCAAUACGCUCGGGUAGUUCAAAUGCUGGUAUACCAUUUGGUAUGUUUCAAUCACGACGAGGAUACUUCAGAAUCCCUUAAGGAGGCCGUUUCGAACUUGAAGCAAGUCAAGGCGGAUAAUUUCGUUCAAUGUUUGCACGCCAAUUUAGAAUUUUAUAUGUUCGUAAAUCAGUUACAUGCUACGAACAAGAAAGUUGAAGCGGAGAUGGAGAGCACAAACUUUGCGUUGCGCGCUCCGGCACAAUCUGAGGCUGGGGAAAACGAGUCUCGCAACGUGGUGCCGGCUUAUACCAUGAUAAAUAUCAAGCAAGACCAUAAGCUCAUGUCGUAUUUGCAGACACCAAUAAAGAAAUGGAGCAUGUGUUUUCAAUGUGAUCUUAAGGAAAUAGUAAACGGACAUGAAUCAAUGAUAAUUAUGCAUACGUUGAUUAUAGCUGCUGAAUAUGCUCGUUUGUACAGGUAUCAGGAAUGCGAAGUUUGUAUAUGGAAACUUGUGUAUACGUUGGCUUCUGAAAUGCAAAAUAAUUCUGCAAUUCUUUACGUUACUGGCCGUUGCAUAUCGUUGAGGUACAUUGAUUACGCAUGGAUCGCUACAGCCAAAGAGCUUGCUACCAAGUUGCAAGACACCAACGACGAUGAUACAGUUUAUGCGAUCGCCGUCUUUUGGAUAAGCCUGUCGGACUUUUAUUUCGAAUGCGACAAAUAUGACGAGGCCAGAAAGUUACUUGAUGCAUCCAGAAAAUUGCCAGGCAUCUCGUUUAUGGACAAUACGUCUGUUUAUUUGUACGGGCUCGACAGAAUUUUGUACAAUUGUCAUUUAUACAACGAGUCUAUUAAACACGACGAAUACACCCGUUACAUUGUUGAAACUCUGUACGCUCUAGUCAGUUUGGACGAGGAGCUUUCUGCAAGAAAAUGGACGCCCCAAGUCAAGUAUCUCUUCACUUGUGAUAUAGUAUUAUCGGCGACUGUCAAUUUGUCUCUGCGAAUGAACAGCUUGUUAGCGUUUCGAGAAAUUGGUGCUCAUUUGGUGCAGCGGCUGAAAAUCGCGCAGGUAUUGGGGUCGACCAUAAGAGUCGCGGAGGUCUUGAAAUCUUUAUGUUACAUCGAUUUGUCGCGUGUGCAACUGAACGAUUGCGAGGUAAAGCUUCAAGGAUUGGAGCAUAUUUUAAACAUCGAAGGAGUUAAGACGUCGAUGGAAACUGGUAGAACGAGAAAUAUUUCACCAAAUAUCUUGGCAACGCCCGUCAGAUUUGUAGAUCCCAUCAGAGACAAUCCUCAAAACGAUGCUUCGCCGAUUCUUCGAAACAAAGUGUUUGAGGUACCGCAAUUCAUGUAUCAUAAAGAUUGCGACUGUGGCGUCUGUCAAAACGAGUCCUAUCAUUAUUUAAUAUUGACGGCCACGCACAUCAGAGCGCAAUUGUACGCGUUGCAAAGAAACGCUGCAGCGUCGUUGCAGCAUUUCCACGGUGCGUUCAAAAUAAAAGAGAAAUUGGUGAAAUCGAACAAGUUGAAGAGUAAUCGUGUCUCUUGGCAAGAACGCUUCUACAGUACAGAUUACGUACUGUUGCUGAUCAAUUUCUUUUACUCUUUGAGACAUUAUCGGAACACGGGGCAAGAGAAAAUAACAAGCAUCGUCUUGCUGAUGAUUCAAAUGUGCGACACGUACAAGCUAAAAGGACAUCCGAUUUAUAUGGCUGUUCAGGAGAUUAUACUUCAACAUCGUUUUCAAAAGAUUUUUGGUUGUUCUGAUUAUCUAGAAUUCACAGUGCCCGACGCUUCCAAUAUUGACGUAACUAAAUACGCGCAAGUGCCAAACAUCGAAGAAACUAUCUGUGUAACCCCGACUGUCUCUCGUACUAAUACUCGAACAAAGAAAGCCAUUAGUAUUCGACGCAAUCGAACUCCGCCACUUUUAAGUUUAACCAAGAUUAGCAUGAACUAUGAUGACGAGGAUAAUACUGUAUCACCGCCAGCUAGGAUCACUAGGUCACGUAGCAGAUUAACGAGAAGAAAAUUGUUGGCUGAAGAAUAUAACGAUACUCCGAGUCAAGUGAGACAGUCUAAGUCGAUCGAGGAACUUGACGCCGCAGCGUCGCGAGGUAAUGAGAGUAAGUCGCGAAAUUCAAAGCAGUCGACUUGGAGCGAUCGCAAAAUGAAACAGAUGAUCUCGCUGUUUGAUGAUUUUGCUAUCGAUACCAAGAACAAACUCGACGUCGAGAAUGAUGCGAUAGACGAGAUCAAAGGAGAAGACUCGUAUUCUCUGAAUGCGAAUUCGUUGCCGUGUCAAAAGAAACAAGAUGUAAUUAACAAAGGACACGUAGAGAAAUUGGAAAAUAAUAAUUUAGAGAAUUCUAGUGAGAAUAAGAGAACGAGGAUCCCAAGGAAAUCGAAAAGAUAGGCUGUUUGAAAUAGAGAAACGCGUAGCGUAAAUACUGUAAAGAGGAAUCCUAAUGUUUAUAAUUAAAGUAAAGCGCUGUUCAAGUGUGUAUUUUGUAAUCAACUGCCAAUAAAAAUAAUUUUCUACUUUUAAUACA